AUGGAGGUUUACACCAAGUCCCUUAGACGUUAUGAGCCCCCAAGUGAUGCUGGAACUGCACGGCGCUCGCCCGGCCUAACACGAAGCAAAAGCGGCAAUACUCUGGCCUUAUCACUACCCGAAAAGCCGGUAGUUCCAGCUGUUCACCGCUCUCCAUCUACUACUAAAUCAAGAACAAAGGCGUAUCCGGAUCACUUGAUGAUCCAUGCAGAACCUGCAAGUACUACAAAUUCAUCGAAAAACAAGAAGAAACUGAAAGAAGACAAGGAUAAGAAUAAAGAUGGCACGUUUGGUCGCUUUUUACAGAGAAACACGCAUUCUGAUAAGAGUGUGCCAAAGACUAGUAGUGCAAGGUUAAAGCCUACUUCUCCUUCUGCAUGGGCUUUGUCUCCUGCUCGUUCUUCGCAGUUCUCUCCGGUGACAAAGACUUAUUCGUCUUCAGCAACUACUUCUCCGUCUGCAUGGGCAUUGUCCUCAGCACGAGCUUCCCCUGCCUUUCCGGUGACACAUAAAGUUUCUGCCUCUUCAAUAACCACUUCUGGAGUGAAUGGUGUGUUGAAGUACUUUAAAAAGAAGAAAGAGUCGUCAUUGCAUAAAAUGGAGUGUCAACAUUUUUUGGUUUUAAAUAAUAAUCUCUUGCAAUGGAGGUAUGUUAAUGCGCGUGCUCAAGCUGCAAUUGAUGCACGCAAGUUAAUUGCCCAGAAAAAGUUUUACAAUGUAUCUGUACAAAUCCUUAAGAUGAGGAACUCCAUCUUAGAAAAGCGAGUUGAAAUGCAGAAAAUGAAGCAAGUGAGCAAAGUGUAUCAAAUAAUCCACUCGCAGGAUCACUUGCUAAAAUUAUGGGCGAAAAUGGAGGGUAAAAAUUCUGAAGCUGUUGGCAGGGUAAUACGAAAACUUUCAGCAAUAUCAAUUAGAGUCCCUCUGGCUGACGAUGUUAAGGGAGAUGUUUUCUUGGUCAGUGAUGCCAUGGUCAAGGCCACAGAUGUCAUGGAAAACGUGGAAGAAACAUUACUCAAGAAAUUUGAUUAUCAGGUUGAGAGAAUAUGUUAUCUGCUAACAGAGCUUUUAAUCAUAGUAAAGCAGCAAAAGGAAUAUUUAGUGGAACUAGAAAACAGUGUAUCACUGAUUGCUUCACUAAAGGCAGAGGAGAAAAGCUUAAGGAUCCAACUCAUCCAGUUAAAAGAGCAGUAGAGAAGAGCUAAAGUCCAUUCCUACUAUGUAUCCAGACUCAAUUCGGUGCUAGGAAUAAGCCUUUAUCACUAGGCCGUGAUUCGUUUUUUAGUUUUUAUGAUAUUCGAAAGUUGGGUUGGUGACAGUUGAAACCAAUGUAAUAUCAACAAGCACAUAUGUAUUUAUAGGAGUGCUGGUUUUUAACAGAUACUAGCUAAAUUACAUUGAGAAAAUGACAAUGAAAAACGGUGAAAUCCUAUACCAAUGCCCACGACAAUGAAAAGAUAUUCAAAAUGUAUCAAACAUAUAUCAACAUUCAGUGACAGACUUUUGUCCAUCAAAAUCAGCCAGUAAUUUGUUCACACCCCCAAAAUCUCCAUUUCCAGGCAACUUCCUCUUCGGCUUGGCUUCUAACAGCAUCGACACCACAUCUCUCAUUGGCGGACGAUCAGCAGGAUUCCGACUAGUGCAAAGCAAGGCAACCUUCAGCACCAGCAUCAUCUCCUCUCUUACAGGUGCACAAGAUGCACCUGCAUUCUUAUCAAGCACAUCUCUGAGUCCCUCCUUUGUUUUGAUCUUUGUUCUAAUCCAAUCCACAAUGCUGUUCCCAUCUCCAAAUUCCGCAUUCACCGAUCUUUUUCCACUUAAAA